AUGAUCCCUAUAAGUGCUGCCUACGCCAAUCAGAUGGUGACUGCUGUAGAAAUGGAGUGUUUCAAUGACCUCCUCCACAAACUGAAGGAGGUCCACGAGCGAGAAAUAGAAGGAUGGCAGGUGAAAGUUCAAGAGCUGUCCAACAAGAAAGGCUGUGACACAAAAAGAAUGGAAGAACUUUUUACCAGAAACCAACAGAUGAAAGAACAACACAGAUUACUCACCGAAAACAUUAAGGUUCUGGAAAACAGGCUUAGGGCUGGGCUGUGUGACAGAUGUACGGUCACUCAAGAGGUAGCCAAGAGAAGACAACAGGAAUUUGAAGCCUCCCAGAUUCAGAGUCUCCAGCACAUCUCUCUACUUGCUGGAGAGAUGAACAACCUGAAAAAAGAGAACAAGAAACUUAAAGAUGAAAACAAAAACUUAAAAGCAGCACUUGAGUGAGUAGAUGCUAUUUAACGGUAUAGUUGUCACAGUGACCACUCUUCCAAUAGUAGCACCAGCACAGAGGUCAAGCCCAACUCUUCCCCUGCCCUUUCACCCUCAUCUGGAAUCCUGUCCCUUGUCAAUACAACAACCAGCAGGGCAAGCAACAAGCCAGCAGAUGGCAACAUUUCAGUAAAGCCUGAUGUUGAACUGAAAACUGAAGCCCUCACAUUGCCAUCAUGGAAGAAAGAACACUUUGUGACUCGUGCUGGGGAGAAGAGAAGUCAAAAUGUUGAAGGACUCGACCAGUGUUCCUCCAUGCCUACUAAUUCUCUGUUUAGGAGAUCUUCUGUCCCAGCUGCUGGAGAUGUGCGACCCAGCAGACAUGUUGUCCAUGCUCCUGUCGCCCGACAUCCUCAAGCAAUCAACAGCAACUCUGCUUCUCUUCGCUGGUCUCUAUCUGAAUCAUCUGAUUGGAUUACUGCCGGCACCAACCCAGUAGUGCAAACUUCACCCAAUCUACACUCGCAACAUUUUCACAGCUUGAACCCAAUGAGGCAACAGGCCAGCCCCAGAAGGCAGGUUUUUAGUCCUCCGUUUCCUAAGCAGAGCAGCGUUCAGCCCCCUGCCAGAGAGCCAACUGUGGUUUUCCGACUGACAAAUCUGCCAGAAUAUGUGGAGAGUCAAACAAAGCCCACAGAGAAAACAGAGAAAAAGGAAAACCUGCUACCCAAGGUUGAGAGGGUGUCUGAAGAAGGGUUAAAAGAGUUAAAUGAUGGGCCUUUGGACUUAUCUGAUCGGGGGAAGUCCACAUCCAGUCAAGUGCCAAAAAGUGAUUCAUCCUCAGCCUUACAAGAUGGAACAAGAGUUCAAAAGAGCCCUGAAUUGGAAGUAAACACAAAUUUUUCUGCAGACAUAGCAGAAUCAUCAUCUUCACCUAUUGUCAUUCCUUCAUCAUCGUGUGCAACGACAGAAGAGCAAGCACCUGACAAGGAUCCUAACCACAAGGUAGUCAGAGAGCAGGAUCAGAAAGAGGAGGUGAAUGGAAAGACAGAUGAAAGCAAGGGGAAGAAGGUGCCUAUCCUCACUCUAUCAUUACGGCCAGUAGUGGUGUUGGAGACUCUGAACCCAGCUCUACAAAAGCAAGAUUCCUUAUCAUCAAAUGGCAAGACAUCUUCGGCAACAGAUGAGCCAGAAACCAGCUCUGAUGAGCAGGACGAGGAAGCCAGCCGGUCAGGACAAGAAAGCAAUCAGGGCUCCAAAAGGAAAAGGGCAUCUGUGGAGACAGACGCAGACAGAGAUUUCAACACAGACAGCAACAACCAUCGGGAGAGGAAGCUCAAAAUCACAAUGAGAUCAGAGGAAAAGAGCCCUAGAUAA